AUGCAAAGUCCAUCCGCCACCACAAGCCUCCGGCCGAUUCCCACCCCCACCGGCGAAGCCUAUGAAGAGGUGCUAGAAGCUGAGGACGCCAACAAGCGAAAGGUCCUCGUCUCGGUCCUCGGUCCGUUCUUCGGCCUCUGUGUCCUUAUCAUCGCCAUCUCGCUAGCCAUCCGGCACUGGAGAGAAAAACGAAAGCAGAGCAACGUGAGAUCCGCCACGGAGAUGGUCCAGUGUCCAGAUGAUGCAAGCUCUGUGCCGUAUUCGCCUACGUUCAGCAAACGUUCAAGUGCAAGGGACAUAGAGGCGCCUCCCUGGAGGCCCAAACCCGCGCGGACCGAGCUAGCUUCACCAAUCGAAUCAAUUGAGUAG